AUGAAUAAACCAAUUUAUAGAGAGUAUCAAACUCAUGAAGGAGACAAUGAAGAUCCUAAUAAUACCUAAAUGAUCUAAAUUACUGAUGAUACCAGUUUAAAUCGAAUUAAUGAUACUCUAAAAGAUUCCAUGAAUGACUACAAUAAAUAUGGAGCACAAAACAUUUAUUCCCCAUCCAACAGCAUUCAUUGUAAAUAACAAUUGAAAGAUGACUCAUCCCAUGAUCCAAAACGCAUAUAAUUGGUUAUUUAAAAUUAGAGUGAAUCAGAUAAACUAAUUGAAAUCAAUACUACUGAUCAUGGGGAUAAGGAAGAAAUUUCUAAAACUUAAAAGGGCAUGUUGGGCUCAUAAACAAUUUAAUACCAGAAGAAGAGAAUUCAGUUUAGGAAUCCACAAUAUGAAUUUAAAUAGAAAUCAAUAAAGGAAUACAAUUGGAAUUCUGAAGUUAUGUAAAAAUGGAAAUUUAGCAUUAAUAUUGUUAUUUUUGUUCUGA